AUGGGGUUCAUGGUUUUGAAAGCAAGGGACUUGAUUUCAAGUCUUCAUAGUAUGCUCAAGAUUCCAAGAACCAUCCUGGCAACAUUGGUAGCAUUUGUGUUUGUUCCUCCUCUUCUACCUGGAAUCAAGAAAUUAUUGCGGCUUGUUCCAGAGGCCAACAAGCGGCCAUUUCAACAAGUGUUGGCAUCGGUUCGCUACCAGUAUUCGGUUGAUGAGGUUGUGCAGGAAUUUGUGAUGUGUUGUCGGGCGAUAGGCAGAAGGAUUGUAUUACAGGCAAUUUCUUUGAAAGACAAAGACAAGCUUGAAGCUGAUGCCCAGCCACACCUGGGCAAUGUCAUGGAUCCUUUGUUGGUGUUUGAUGUUGUCAGCUGGGUGGUGAAGUUUGCAACUGUUCAUCAGGACUAACAAAUGAAGACAUCAAUGCCAAAGUCAAAGAACAAUCAUUUGCAGAAUGAAGAUCCUGGAGAAACAAACUCAACCUGCAGGAAUAGCCAAUGUGUCCCACAGUGUUCCAGAAAUGGGGUUCAUGGUGAUGGAAGGCGUGGUUGUGCAUCAUAUUCUGUACAAGUUCUGACAUGCAAGGUGCUUCAUUUUAAGUCUUCAAAGGAUUUCCCAAGAUUCCAAGAACCAUCCUGGCAAAAUUGGUGGCAUUUGUAUCUGUUCCUCCUCUCCAACCUGUACUCAAGAAAUGAUUGUGGCUUAUGUGUGUGCUCCCCUAUUGAUUUUUUUAUGGAUUGAUGUUUCAAAACAGUAAAGGAAUGUUUUGUAUUUUCAUGAUUGUUAUUUCCUUUUUUAUUGGAUAUAGUUUAGCU